AUGCUUCAGAUGUCUCUCAAAUUCUUCAAAUCCCUUUUUGAUUCUUUCCCAUGGCUCCUUCAACAACUCAAUGCUGAGAAUAAGAUUGUAUUUUUCUCCUGUUUUCUUGGUUUUUUAGCUUUACUAUGGUUUCUUUGGUGUUUUAUCAGUAACUCAAACAAGGGAUUGCCACCAGGGCCUAAACCUUUGCCCUUGAUAGGUAAUCUCUAUUCUCUUGAUCCCACCUAUUUUGCAUCUCUUUCCCAAACUUAUGGCCCAAUUUGUAGACUCUGGCUUGGUAAAAAAGUUGGGAUUAUUAUUACUUCACCUGCCUUAGCUCGCGAGGUUCUUAAGGAUAAAGAUACCAUUUUUGCUAACAGAGAUGUCCCUGCUGCUGCAAGAGAAUUAUCAUAUGGUGGCAAUAACAUACUUUGGACUCCUUAUGGACCAAAAUGGCGCAUGUUGAGGAAGGUUUGUGUUCGCGAUAUGCUUAGUUCUUCUACUUUAGAUUCUGUUUAUGCACUAAGGCGAAAGGAGCUUAGACAAUCGAUCAAUUACUUCUAUAGUCAGAAGGGUUUACCAGUAAAUGUUGGUGAGCAGAUGUUCUUGACGCUGCUUAAUGUGAUUACAAGCAUGUUAUGGGGUGGCACAGUGAAGGGUGAGGAAAGAGCUAGUCUUGGAGCUGAGUUUAGGCAUAUUGUCACUGAGAUGGCUGCGCUGGUCAGUAUUCCCAAUUAUUCCGAUUUUUACCCGGGCUUGGCCUGGUUUGAUUUACAAGGUGUUACAAAAAAGAUGAAGGUGUUGGCAAAGAGAUUUGAUAAGAUAUUUGAGAGCAUGAUUGAUCAAAGACAAAAAUUGCAUAGAAAUGCUGAGAUGGGAGAUGGUGUUGGCCAAGAAAGCAAAGACUUUUUGCAAGUUUUGCUGAAGUUGAAAGAUGAAGCAGAUUUAAAAAUGCCUCUGACCAUGACUGAAAUCAAAGCCUUACUUAUGGAAAUGGUUCUCGGUGGAACUGCCACUACCGCCAACACAGUUGAGUUUGCCAUGGCUGAAAUUAUGCACAAACCGGAUGUCCUGAGGAAAUUACAACAAGAAGUAGAUACAGUUGUGGGAAAAGAUAAUAUCGUAGAAGAGUCUCAUAUUCAGCAAUUACCAUAUCUCUAUGCAGUGAUGAAAGAAGUAUUACGCAUGCAUCCAGCUACUCCACUAUUGGUGCCACAUUGUCCUAGUGAAACAUGCACUGUGGGAGGAUACACUGUUCCUAAAGGAUCUCGUGUUUUCAUAAAUGUAUGGGCUAUACACAGAGAUGCUUCUAUCUGGAAAAAUCCAACAGAGUUCCGUCCAGAGAGAUUUUUGGACAAUAAAUGGGAUUUUAGUGGAAAUGAUUUGAACUAUUUUCCAUUUGGUUCUGGCAGAAGAAUCUGUGUGGGGAUAGCCAUGGCAGAGAGGAUGUUCAUGUAUUCACUGGCUUCGCUCAUUCAUUCUUUCGAUUGGAAAUUGCCCAAAGGAGAGACAUCAGACCUUACAGAGAUGUUUGAUAUUACUUUGAGGAAGAAAAUUCCUCUGGUGACUAUACCUACUCCAAGAUUGUCCAAUCCAACACUGUAUGAGUAA